AUGACAAGAAAAUCGCUAUGCUUUCUGUAUUUUUUCGAACUCACAAUAAUAAUUGGAAUCGUAUGGCGAGCGAAGAUUUGGCAACAAUUUCUAUUUGAUUCAACAUUGAUUACUGAGAAAACGAAUUGGCGCUUUAAACCCUUCCCUUUUCAAAUCACUCCUCGCAAUGGCUGUGUGCCUGGGAUCAAGACACUUUUCAUCAUUCACACAUCUGUUUUGAAUGAAAGACGACGAGCAGCGAUUCGAGAAACGUACACAAAUCCUGUUUGGAUGGAUCGAUUUCAUUUUCGAACAAUCUUUGUGACGGCUAGAAGUGAAAGCGAUCGAGUUGAAAGUCAAUUAAAGGCAGAAAGUGAUAAAUAUGGAGAUAUUUUACAAAAUGGACAUAUAGAUGCUUAUCGAAAUUUAACAAUUAAAUUUCUUAAUUGGAUGCGUUAUGUUCGUGAUGAAUGUCCAGAUGUCGAGGCUAUUUUGAAGCUUGAUGAUGACAUCCUCCCAAAUAUUUUUGAAAUUUUUCAUGAUUUUGAUGCGAAUAGAAUAUCGAAAGAGAACACAAUGACUUGUUUAAAAGGACAAGAUUCGAGUAUAACCGUUCGCAAUAAGAGCUCACAUUGGUAUGUCUCACGCAAAGCUCAUCCAGGAGACUAUUGGGAAACGUUCUGCCACAGUUCGGCCAUUAUUUUUUCACCCGAUCUGUUCCCGAGAUUAAUCGCUCAAAUCGAGAAAAAAGAGUUUUACACAUCGGUGGAUGACGCUUUCAUCACCGGACAAAUCGCCAGUGAGAUUGGGGGAAUCAAGAGAGACUUUCGACUGUAUGGGAAAAGGUAUCUUCUCAACGGUCAACCGGGAUGGGAAGCGCUAAUUGACGUGCCAAUGAUCACUGGGAAAGUUGUUUUUGGUGAAUACGUGACUUCAACACAAAUGAAACGAAUCUUUAACGAGUUAACGAUUUUACGAGGAAAUGUCACCGAUCCACCUGAUCAUUUUCCACAAUCCGUCAAGCAAGGACCAAUCAAUGAAGAU